AUGGCUACCUAUUCCCCAAAACCGUUCACGGUCCACUUCUCAGACGACAAGGUGAAGGAGAUGUACGACUCCCUCGCCUCGUCUCAUCUUCUUGAGCACGAAGUCCCCAGUAUGACAUGGGAUGACGGUAUCACCCUCGAUCGGUUGAAAGAGCUCAAGCGAAAGUUCGAGACUGGCUUCAACUGGAGGAAGGUCGAGGCGGAGAUGAAUGCGGUUCCCCACUACACCGUCGAGAUUGAAGGCAUGACUUUGCACUAUGUGCACCAGCCGAGUCCGGACGAGGGCGCCAUCCCCCUGAUACUGAUGCACGGCUGGCCCGGUACGUUCUGGGACUUUGCCAAGGUCAUCGAAGAGCUUCACAAGCCGUCCGGGCCUUGUAUGCCCUCUUUUAACGUCGUCAUCCCCUCUAUGCCUGGGUAUGGGUUUUCCUCACUCCCACGCAAGGCCUGGACGCUCGAAGACACCGGGCGCGUGUACAACAAGCUCAUGACAGAGGUGCUUGGGUACAAGACCUACUUCGCACAAGGGGGGGAUUGGGGAUCCAUGAUCCUCCGCAUUAUGGCCUCCGUCUACCCUUCCUGCCGCCUGGCGCAUUUCAACAUGUUCCGCUGCCCUCCAGGCGGCCUGCUCGCCUACGCAGAAUACAUCGACUACCUAGCCCCAGUCCCGCUCAUUGGCGGGUACGUCAAGUCUAUGAAGGCUGUGGCGAGGAGCUGGAUACUGAGCCCGACUGACGUGAAGAUGGUGAGGAGGCACGAAGACUUCAGCGAGAGCGGGAGGGGGUACGCUCUGAUCCAGGGGACGAGGCCUAGCACGAUCGGCUAUGCCAUACAUACUCCUCUUGCUCUGCUUGCCUAUAUUGGGGAGAAGUUCCAAGCCUGGUCCGACCCCACCCUCCUCUCGGACAAGGACAUCCUGGCCACUGUCGCCCUGUACUAUCUCACAAACACGUUCCACUCCAGCGUAAUCGUAUACAAGAUGUCAGGAAAAGCUAGGAACGAUAUGGCUACCAGCUCGACUUUGUGGAGAAUCAAAUGCAGAUUCGGCUUCUCGUAUUUCCCGUACGAGAUCGGGGCGAUGAACUACGGCAGUAUCUCACGAUGCGGACCCCUGGUGUUCUACAAAGCGCACGCCAAAGGCGGUCAUUUCCCCGCUCUUGACGUCCCGAGGGACUUCAUCUCCGACUUGCGGGAGAUGGCGUCACGGUAUUGGUGGACGAAGGAUACCUAUAUGGUCAAGAGUAUUAACAAAAAGUUUGACAAGCCGGAAGGGCAUCCGUGA